CGAGCCCCAUUCGUAGCACACAAAUCAAAGAAAAUAAACACUGAACUUCUAACAAGCCCUAAUUUCGAUCCCAAAUAUCCAGAUCGAUCGAAUUCCAUGGCAAACCCUUCCUCAUCUUCCUCCUCCUCGUCUCAAUUCGCCGCCUAAUCCUCCGAUCCCUCUUGCUUCCCCACCCCCUUCCACUUUCAACAACCGCCUUACGCCGCAUACAACUAUCCUCCUCCACCGUCACACCACCACCAAUUCUAGAGCGACGCUCAGCAACUCUUCCAGCACGACGCCUAGACCAUCACCCCGGAGGCUCUCGAGAGCAUGAAGGUUGCCAUAGCCAGCAGCGACGUCAACCACAAGACCGACGCAAAAAAAAAGGCAGUUCCCCGCCAUGCCGCUGGGCAGACGUGGGAGGAUCCCUCGCUGGCCGAGUGGCCGAAGAACAACCAUCGCUUGUUCUGCGGCGACCUAGGGAACGAGUUCUGUCAAGGGGAGGGGAGGCUGUACAGAUGACUACUAAAACCUAAUACCGAGCGGGGCAGCAUUGAGAACAGAGGUGGCUUUGUCUCAAACAUGCCAGAAAAAAGAAACUUCUUUUGGAACAGAAUGGACUACAUGUUGCAAGAAUCUUAGUUUACGAGGGGUGCGAGAGAGAGGUUGUUGAGGCUGGGAAGUAAUCCGAUGAGUUCUUGCAAUAGUUAUCUAUUUAUCUAUCUAUCUAUCUCUAUUUGUUGGUGUCUAUUAUCUCUGCUCUGCUGAUUCAACAAAUUUCUAUCUAACACGUCUUAUAUUUCUUGUACAAUUUAGUUGCAAUAGUUGGUGCUGUCUGCUCUGCUACUUACAUCCGCUGUUUGAUGUCUUUGCAGAAGUAAACCCUCUGCAGAAAGUUCCAGCUAUUGUUCAUGGAAACUUGAAGCUCUUCGAGAGCCAUGCAAUCCUAGUAUAUCUUGCUUCCUGCUUUUACUGGAAUUGCUGACCACUGAAAAUUCUUCAGUGGAUUGAGAAUACAAGAAAUGUCAAAGUAAUAAAUUUGUGGCAUAUUGUGGGCUUUGUUCUAUAUACAAAUCAGGAAGAAAUAGUCUCUCCUCCCUGGUAGGUUUGUCUUUUUCAUGUGUGGAAAUGAUCAAGCAUGCAAAUCAAUGGUGCCACAUAAUGGUAGCAGGCUGCUCACAAGGCUGGCAAACAAACACAGGAUGGGAGAGAUGAGGAAAUCACAGCCCUUCGUGUGGAAAUUCAGAAUCUAAAAGAUGAUACAGCAGCAGCAGCAGCAACUUUUGAACAACAGCAAGAAGCUUCAAUCUUUUUUUAUUUGCACACACCAAAAAGAAUAAGAAGAGAAUGUUUGUUGCAGAAAAGAGCAAGGAAUUGGCCACUUUCCAGGGUCAAAACAAAGCCUUCAAGUUAACUGAGGCUCAAAAGGAUAGGCCAUAGAAGAAGUAUUUAUGUUUUAGUCUCUGUGUGUUUCAGUUGCUAGUUAGCGAUUAAUUACUAGAAGAAAAUCCAGGAAUGUGGUUAUUAUCCAUCAUUUGUUGUAUGACUUUGCAGUGAAUUAUGUAAUACAUACUACACUAGCACCUGCCCUUGGCCGUCAAUUGAAUCCAAUUAAAGGCAUAAAAAAAAGCAGAUAAGGGAAAAGAGGGUGUGUGAAGUUGAAAGGGUCUGUGUGAGUGUUUGUGAGCAGGAAUAAUCAUAUAUAACAGAGAGUGAAGAAGAAGAAGAAGAUGGAAAUUAAAGGGUUUAUGAAUUGAGAGUAGAAGGUUGUUAUUUUAGUUUUUCUUUCUGAAGUAGUGUGGGAAUUGUUGAAAGUGCAGUGAAGAAAGAAAAAAGCCUGCAAGAGAAUCCAAGAACCAAACAUGGUAAAGCUUAGGAAGUGAGAAUAUGCAUAGAGAUUCAUUCACCUUUUUUUUUCUUCUCUUCUUUAUUUUCUUUCUUUUUUAAACCCUUUAUUUCCCCAUUUCCUUUUCAAUUUUCUCUCUAUAGUUUGCCUACUCUAAUAUUCAGCUACAUAGGGAGUUAUAUACUAAGAGAGAAAAACAAAAGCUACAUAGGGAGUUAUAUACUAAGAGAGAAAAACAAAAGAGAAUAAGAAAUGCGUGUGAGAUAGGGAGAGAGAGUUUUGAAGAAAAAGGGUGUCUUUUUAUUAUUUUUUUAAAUUAUAUUUUUUAUCCUAGUACAAAUUUGCUUAGGUAUUUGUUUAGGUUCACAUUUGCAUGGAACGUGUUCAAACAAUAGAUGCAAUAAACACUAUCAUAGGGUCAUAAGGUUUAUUUCAGAGAAAAAAAAAGGUGCUUGAUUUAGUCUUUGUUUGAGUUUGUGUUCAACCAUUGUUCAUUCCCCUUAUUAAUAAUUACUAGUGUGGUGUAACUCUUCAUUCUAUUAUAAACAUGAACUGAUCUUAGUAACAUGUUUUAUAUUCUGGAUGAUUUAGAGGAAUGGCAGUGGAGGAUUCAUCUUCUCCUUAUGGAAUUCGUCUUGUAAUAGAAGACUACCCUUAUGCUGUUGAUGGACUAGAGAUAUGGUUUGCCAUUAAGGAAUGGGUUCAAGAUUGUGUCUCAUUGUACUAUCCAACAGACAAUGAUCUCAAAAGAGACCCUGAACUCCAAAAUUGGUGGAAAGAAGCUGUUGAGGUCGGUCAUGGUGAUUUGAAAGAUAAGCCAUGGUGGCCAAAGAUGCAGACAGUUGAAGAGUUAGUUGAAUCAUGCACAACCAUAAUAUGGAUGGCGUCGGCGCUCCAUGCAGCCGUUAAUUUUGGACAGUAUCCAUGUGGAGGGCUUAUACUGAACCGUCCAACGCUUAGCAGAAGAUUGCUUCCUGAACAAGGCACUGCAGAGUAUGAAGAGAUGGUGAAGAGUCACCAAAAGGCUUAUCUGAUAACAAUUACACCGAAAUUAGAGACUCUUAUUGACCUUACAACCAUAGAAAUCUUAUCAAAGCAUGCUUCUGAUGAAGUGUAUCUUGGAGAGAGGGAUAAUCCACAUUGGACAUUUGGUUCAAGAGCAUUACAAGCAUUUCAGAGAUUUGGGAACAAACUGAGUGAGAUUGAGGAGAAGCUAACACAAAAGAACAAAGAUGGGAGACUGAGUAAUAGAAUUGGACCAGUUGAAUUGCCAUACACUCUGCUUCAUCCUACUAGCAAUGAAGGGUUGACUUUUAGAGGAGUUCCAAACAGCAUCUCUAUCUAAAUGCAUGGAAUAAUAUAAUGAGUUUAUAUUGACUUGUUUGUUUGUUUAUAGUACUUUUCUUUUAGUUUGAUAAUACA